AUGGACGGAUUUCUACAAACGCCGGCGGACGCACGAGAAGAGGCCGGAGGCUCCAAGAUGGCGGCCGCCUCCCAGCCGCAUGGGGACCCCCCUACCUCUACCCUGGAGGGCAUCGGUGAGGAGCUCCGCACGAUUGCGGCUUCUAUGGCCACGAAAGCUGACCUUUGGUCCUCACCACCACGAUCCAGGACGCACUGCGGGCUGAAAUGGCGGGACUCCGAACGGAGGUAUCCGCACAGGGGAGUCGUAUCCAGGACCUAG